GCCUACCUCAGGGAUGACGUGUUUUUGUGGGCAAAACCCGGUAGCGAGUUAGCAUUUUAGGACUGGUUCCAUUUUAGGACCGGUUCCAUCGUCCCGAAGUCAAUGGGUUUUUUGAAUGGGUUUUUGCUAAAUCGCCUGAAAUAAGGUCUGUGGUAAACAAAGCCUCUAAAUAUUUUCACGUUUUGAUCUAUGACAUAAAACACACCAGUUAUAACCCGCUUGUGAUUUUUUUUUUUUUUUUUUUUUAACCUUUAUUGUGUCUUUAAAAGUGGCGGUUGCUAAAAAAGUGCUAAAAGGGACUACUUCCUUUGGCGGGGACUUUAGACGUCAUCAUGCCAAACAGGACAUUUGGACAGCAUUUCUCAUGAAAAAUGGAUAAGUAUUCAUACACAGCACAGAUCAUAAUCAGCGAUUAUGUUUUUAAAUAAAGUAGUUUUCUAAAUAAAGUUUGAGGAAGCUUAGUAGUGGUGACGUUGAGCCGCGACUAUGGUGUGCUGUAUUCCGUUUAUAGCCUACUGUUAGCUUUUUAUAUCUGACGACUUUAUUUAGGCUUCAAAAUGUAAAUGUUGUGUUAACUUGUAAAGAUUAUCUUGAUAGACAAAAUGUGUAAGUGUCAUAACCCUUUGUUAAACACAGAGCUUAUUUUUUGCGAUUUUCCAAAAGUCUAUAGGAAAAAUGCAUUGGCUUUCGAUCGAGGGAACCCGUGCACCGCUAACUUCCGGGUUGGCCUACAAAAACACGUCAUCCCUGAGUAAAGUGUGAGCCUUUACCACAAUGUGGAGGAGGAGCCUCCAUAUGUGAGGGGGAGUGAGGGAGGGAACGCAAGAGGCAUAGAGAAACGGAGAAGCGGAAUGAGAGGAGAUGAAGCUUGUUCAAGAGCUGUUACAUUCUGAAAGCAUCACUAGCUUUUCUGGAGACCGGAAGCUUCUCAAUAUUACAAUGACACUGAGUUGUGGAUAUACAGUCAUGGUUCAUCUCAUGAGCUGCCUGAUCGAUAUCUGAAGUGGAGAAAUCGAUGCUGGCUGUUUCUGAGCAACACCUAUUGGGACGUACUGUGGACUUAACCACUGGGCUCUGGAACUUCUCGUCUUAAAAUGUCAGAUCACGAGGACCUGACUAAAGCCAUGGGCCACUGGAACUCCUCCGAGAGCUACCAGCUCAACCCGGCCAGUGUCAUUGUGUCUGUGGUCUUCUCGCUCAUCUUCCUCUUAGGGACCAUUGGGAACAGUCUGGUACUGGCUGUGCUCCUCAGAAGUGGACAGGUUGGGUACAACACCACCAAUCUGUUCAUCCUCAACCUCAGUGUAGCCGAUUUCUUCUUCAUCAUCUUCUGUGUGCCUUUCCAAGCAACCAUCUACUCUCUGGAGGGUUGGGUUUUCGGGUCCUUCAUGUGCAAGGUGGUUCACUUCUUCAUCAACCUCACCAUGUAUGCUAGCAGUUUCACUUUGGCGGCGGUGUCUGUGGACAGGUAUCUAGCCAUCCGUUACCCAUUGCGCUCCAGAGAACUGAGAACACCGUGUAAUGCCAUAGUCGCAAUGGUGGUCAUCUGGGGCCUGUCGCUUGUGUUCGCCGGGCCUUAUUUGAGUUACUACGACCUCAUCGAUUUCGAGAACAGCAAUGUGUGCGUACCUGGGUGGGAGGAGCAUAACCGUAAGGUCCUGGACACAUGCACCUUCAUUUUUGGCUAUGUUAUUCCUGUGCUCAUCGUGAGCCUUUCCUACACACGCACCAUCAAGUACCUCUGGACAGCGGUCGACCCCCUCGAUGGGAUGUCGGAGUCGAAACGAGCCAAGCGCAAGGUCACCAAGAUGAUCAUCAUAGUCACAGUGCUCUUUUGCAUCUGCUGGCUACCGUACCACGUGGUCAUUUUGUGCUACCUCUAUGGAGACUUUCCCUUCAAUCAGACCACGUACGCCUUCAGGCUGCUGUCCCACUGCAUGGCCUACGCCAACUCCUGCCUCAACCCUAUCGUUUACGCCCUGGUGUCCAAACACUUUCGCAAAGGCUUCAAGAAAGUUUUCAGCUGCAUCCUUAGCAAAAAGGGACGAAAUAAGGUGCAUGUGGUCCAUGUGGCCAACACUGUCCCUGGCUUCGAAGCGGGCUCCACUGAAGUGUCUCAAAUGAAUGAAGAGAACGCCAGACAGAACGAGAGCGAGAUGGUCAACCGCCCACUCGCAGAGCCGCAGGACACCACUAUGACUAUAACAUUACCCUUCCAGAAUCAGCCAUGAAAAUAAAACACACGGCUAAUGAUGCCUUACAGAAGCCUUAUUAAAAAACUCAAACAGAGCCGGAGGAUUUCAGCAGCUUUGAUCGACAUCACAGUGGUUUUGCAUUGACUGAAUGAUCACAGUGGAGACCGCAGUUAUUUAAGAUUCAAAUAGCUGUGCAAAUUGAAAUCGUACAUUCAAUUUGGUUCUCGUACAAAUGCAUCUUUGUGUUUUGCUUCAUUGUGUUGGUGCCAAUGCUAAACAAUGUCUUAUUAAUUUUAUUUUUUAAACAGCGUCAUCUGUUUGUUUUCUAUUGAAGUGUUACCCUCCGAGCAUGUUUCAAUUUAAUGCUGUGAUGACUAUUCUCCUGUGAAAAUUUGUUACAAAUUAUUGUGCGUAACACUUUAAUAUCUGAAGAGCCCAGUGUCUUUAUGUGAGCAAAGCUGUGAUUUCCUACUGUGCUUGAAGCUUUGAAGAGGACUCUUUGAUUAUGCUCCUCAGCUUUGCUUAACAAGCUCUUUAAAAAAUAUGCUUGCGUUAAGUACUGUAUGUACUUGCUUUUACCUCUAAUAUUCUCUGUUCUUUUAGAAAGCCUUGAAAUUCUUUAAUUGUUGAGUUUUAUAUCAAUAACUACAUUACAUAUUAUAAUACAAAAGCCCUAAAAACAGGGUUAUACAGAAAAUCUAAGAAUACAGGUAACAGUAAGAUGUAUGAUUCUUGUGCUGCAUUGAAGUAAUAUUCUGGAUUCAGUAAAACAAGUUAAGCUCAUCCGACAGCAUUGAUUGUAUAAUGUUGCUACAAAAUUUAAUUUUAAACUGUGCCUCCUUCUCUUUAAAAAGGAAAAAUCUGGGUUACAGUAGGCAUCUACAAUAUAAGUAAAUGGAGCCAAUAAUGGGGAUAUGAAAUGUUAAAGUGGUCAUGACAUGGAUUUUUUAAAAUUAUUUUAAUGUGUUCCUUGAGGUUCACUUUUAAUGUUAAAAAUGACCCUCUGUCUGAAAUGAUCUGUUUUUGAGGGGUGGCUCCUUUUAAGGCUUGUCAGUAAAUGGCCACUGUUAUGAAUGGCUAACAUUAUAAUUGCAUAGAAAACAGUAUCAACGGCCACUCGCUAUUGCACGUGAGUAAGUGUCAUUUACAGAUCCUUUACUUACGGUUUGUGAUGUAGCUGCUGUCAGAUCCAAUAUAGCUGACUGCCUCAUCUGUCAUCAAGUUUCUUUGCCAACUCUCCAUUACACUGAGCCUCAUUUACAAAAUAAAAUGCUCCAAACAAACAUAUAAUGCUCUGUAGUGUCAGAAACUGAUUGCGCAUCUGUAUACCGUAUCCAGUGUAGACAGCUUCAGUCAUUAUAAUGGGUAUACUAUUUGCUUUUGACGCGACGCUCACAUCCUGUGUAGGCAAAUGUCAGCCGUUAAGUGACUGAAUGCCAGUGGGCGGGGCCUAUGAUGCAAUGAUGUAAAACUAUUCAUCAAUAUCUUGCUCUGGAGGCGGUCAUAUGCACAUUUUUUUGUCUGUGUGAAGUAACAGAUCCCACAAUAUCGAAGCGAGCCAUUUUUGGAGCUUGAAAUGAGGAUGUUUUAAUAGUUCAAAGACCUUUUAUAUGUCAAAAGAUCAAGGCAAAUUUGAUUUCUCAUGUCAUGAUCCCUUUAAAAUACUCACUGAUUCUGUGCAGACAUUUAUCCAAUUUUACAACAUUGUGACCACGACCUUAAAAAUUAUGAAAACAACUUUACAGCUCAAAUAACACACAAAUUUGAACUGAAUAAAGUUAUAAACUACAUUAUUUUGUGAUAAUCGACAUUAUGCCACAAAUGUUGUCGACUGAGCUUAACUUGGACAGAUCCUGAAAUAUUUCCUUAUCUGUCUUCAGUUCAUUAAUUACGUGUAAUGUACUGUAGCUACACAAGAAGUGUUAUGUUGGAAGUUUUGAAUUUGAUGUUGACUGUGAAUUUCAAUAAAA